CUAAAUACUUACAAAGCAGAAGUUCUAAAAUGGCUAGAGUUUUUUAUAUUUUUCUGAUUUUAAUAAUAAGUAACUUGAUUAAUUCGAUCAGAAUGGAUGAGCUGGAUGGUUUUAGAUGGUGUACGGCAACAUCUAAUGGAUAUUGUGUUGACUGAUAAUUAAGAAAGAGGUUAACAAAUCAAAUUUACGACAAUGGAGCACUAGAUGAAGGCUUUAAGUUGAAAAUAAAAACAAUUAUAUUAUACAAAUAUCGAAUUUUUUGUCCAAAUAAAAAUAAACAAAGCAUGUAAUGAUUUCAAAAUCAUUGUCAACAUCUUACUUAAACGUAUAGUUAUAAAUUUAGGAGACACACGGCAUUAAACAGGAAAAAAGCAAAAUGCAGUCUAAUGUGGAUGCAGAGUCCAAGCGCACUCAAAGCUAUGUGAAUGAAGUGGAACGCCGUUUGCUGGAGAAACCAGGAGUCGAAGAGCUUCUUAUUAUGAAUCGUUCCGGUGUGCCCAUUAAGACCACCAUGCAAAGUCAGGAUGCAUUGCAGCAUGCCUGUUUGUAUGAUAAUUUGCGUGAAAAGUGCUCGGCAUUUCUCAAUAGGUUGGAUCCGCCACAGAAAUUGACUUUGCUGCGGGUACGAACCAAAUUACAUGAAGUCAUGAUUUUGCCCGAUGGUAAAAUCACUGUCCUGGUCAUACAGAAUCCAGUGGAUACAUUUUUAAGCAGUUCUAUGGAUAUGCAUUAACUCUAGCUCUCCUUAAGUUUCUUUUCUUCUUUCUGCAAUAAAGAUAUGCAAUUCAAAUAACAAA